AUGUCUGGCUCUCCUCCUGCUGAAGAGCCUUCGGUUGCUUCCGCGGAGUCGAACCCUUCGCGAUAUCCAUUGGCUUCCUCGCCCGCUCCCAGCGCGGCAGAGGAAGCCCCGGUGGUGUCCCAUCCUCGACCUCAUCGCCCAUCCUUAGGCAAUGAUCCGUUGCCCACCACGAUCCCACCGAUCUCGGCCGUUGCUCCGGUCUCUGUUCCCUCGGUGCCGUUGAUUCCCCCAAGAUAUCCGGAUCCCGGCCCGUUGUAUACGGAUCCUUCUCACGCUCACCCUGAGUUGCCUCAAUUUCCACUAGCAGCAUUUGAUCGCUCCAUCUCUGGAGCGGGGCCUCGUGCCAUUGCACAGAGAUCGACGAGGCGGACGAAGGCGCAUGUGGCAUCGGCAUGCGUCAAUUGCAAAAAGAAGCAUCUUGGCUGUGAUCCAGCACGGCCAUGUAGAAGAUGUGUUUUGGCUGGAAAGGCUUCGUCAUGUGUGGAUGUCACUCACAAAAAACGUGGCCGACCGCCAUUGAAGGCCGAGGACUCUUCUCUCCGACCCUAUACGCAUCCGGAUCAUUCACCGGUGCCAGCAGAGUCCCAGCCCGCUGGCCCUCCGCGAGCGAGCUUCCACCGACCAACAUCUUCAAGAGAGCUUCGGCCGAUGACAGAUCUUCAAGGAGUAGGUGAACCAGGACCACCACCACCACCACCAGGAGCAGCAACGAUGCGAGGUCCGCGGAGCCAGCCGCACCGAUGGUCAGCUUCGGUCUUUCCUCUGACUCGUCCUAUGGAAGCUUCGCCAGGGAUGCUGAAUGCUGCGGGUCGGCGUCCAUUCUCCUCGUCUGGACCAGCUUCAUAUCCGCAGCCUCAUCCAUCUGUGCCUCCGUCUGCAUUUGCGCCAGUUACGAGUGGAUUCAACCCUGUGAUCAAGACACCCACAGGUCCGCCAGGAAUGGACAUGCGAUUUCAACAAUAUCCAGGUCCGGCAUUACCUCCACCUACCACCCCGCCGCAGCCCAAUCCCGCCGCAGGGAUUCCCUACAUACCCUACGCUGAAUCCCCCGGCUCCGCCCACCAUCCAGGAGCCGAGUCUCGACUGCCAGCUGGACCCCGAGAGUCCUAUCUGGAGACCUCGGUCCGUCUCCCUCCAAUCCACCAAGCUACAGCAAAUCCCGGUCCGCCCAUGUCGGCAGUGCCGCCAGGACCCCCCGGCCAUGCCUACCAUACCCAUAGAUUGAGCGAUCCAUAUCCUGCAAGCUGGGUUUUAGCCGGCUCGGAAGGAAGCUCCCAGGAUCCCCGUACUUCUGCCCAACCCAAGAGACCUAUGGAUUCCAUUUUGGACCAUCCAUCGCAUCACCGACGGCUGUCGUCUUCGGCAACAGGAUCUUUGAACCCGAUUCCCCGGCAUUUAGGCCCCCUCGAGCUUCCUACGCCAGUUACACCUGCUCCGUCAUUGCCAGCGGGAGCUCAAACAACCCAGCCCGUGACAGAAGCGGAGCCUGAUCCGCGGCCGGUGAAAAGGCGCAAGAUGGCACUAGAUGACAUGGUGAAUGGCUGA